AUGCCACGCAAGAACGCAAGUCUCUCCAAGCGCCGCUCUAAACCCAACCUAAAAGUCGCUACCGGGUCAAACGGGCAUGCGAAUGGCAAGAUGAACAACAAUAUCGAAAUGCGCAGGAGGGACACUCCCUCCGCCGAAUCUUCCGCCGAACGAACAGCCCAACUCAUGUCUCGUCCCAGCUUCUCUCUCGAUAAUGAACCCCCCUUCGCUCCGCAAACCCCAGUUCAAACAAAUACAACCUUCCAGGACCUGCCGCGCAGUGACCGCCGCAACUUCAUCCUACUCGUCCUUCUUUAUUUCCUUCAGGGUAUUCCCAUGGGCCUGGCCACCGGCUCCGUACCCUUCCUCCUGAAACCUUACCUCUCAUAUGGCCAGAUUGGAAUCUUUUCACUGGCCUCGUACCCAUACUCGCUCAAGUUGUUUUGGAGUCCGAUCGUCGAUGCAGUUUGGAGCACGAGAUUCGGCCGUCGCAAGAGCUGGAUCACGCCGGUGCAAGUGGUUGCGGGUGUGGCGAUGAUCUAUUUGGGUGGUCACAUUGAAGAAAUGAUGGUCGAAGCUGGUGCCAACGGUGGUGCCGGUGUCUGGAAAUUCACCUACUGGUGGUUCAUGUUGGUCCUUUUCUGCGCCACCCAAGAUAUUGCCGUGGACGGGUGGGCUAUCACUUUAAUGUCUCCUCCUAAUAUCUCUUAUGCCUCGACUGCCCAAACCGUUGGAUUGACCGCAGGCCAUUUCCUCUCUUACACCGUGUUCUUGGCUUUCAACUCGAAAGACUUUGCGAACAGAUGGUUCCGGGCCAUUCCCGGUGAUGGCGGGCUCCUGUCCCUCGGUACCUAUCUCAGCUUCUGGGGCUGGGCGUAUCUGAUCGUCACCUGCGGGCUGGCUUUCAUGAAGAAGGAAGAGAGCACGAAGGACCGCGACAGCAUCAUGGAUGUAUAUAAGAGCAUGUGGAGUGUUCUGAAGUUGAAGCACAUCCAGACAAUCAUUAUCAUUCACCUGAUUGCCAAGAUUGGCUUCCAGGCCAACGAUGGAGUCACCAGUCUCAAGCUCCUGGACAAGGGCUUUGGCCAAGACAACAUGGCCCUCGUGGUGCUGAUUGAUUUCCCUUUUGAAAUCAUGCUGGGUUACUACGCUGGCCAGUGGUCCACCAACUACGGCGCCAUGCGCCUGUGGGGCUGGGCCUUCGUGGGACGUCUGGUAGCAGCCGUGCUCGCCCAAUUCACUGUCAUGAUCUACCCCAGUGCCACUGAGGUGCCAAUGUGGUACAUGCUCACAGUAAUUGGUGAGCAUGUGCUAUCAACUUUUAUGAACACAGUCAUGUUCGUCGCCAUCUCGGCUUUCCACGCUCGCAUCGCCGAUCCAGCCAUUGGCGGAACCUACAUGACCCUCCUCGCAACUGUCUGCAACCUCGGCGGAACAUUCCCCCGUAUCUUCGUCCUCAAGCUUGUCGACUUCUUCACCAGCGCAACCUGUCUCCCGCCAACAGUCGCCCCUCCCGCCGACUCACUCAAAGACACUCUUGUCACGACGGCCUUCUCAUGUGCCCUCGAGCCAGAGAAGAACCGCUGCAUCAACGGCGGCGGUACCUGUCAGGUUGACCGCGACGGGUACUACAUGACUAACAUGAUCUGUGUGCUCAUCGGCACACUCACAUUUAUAAUGUUUAUCAAGCCAGCUGCGCGGAAGCUGCAGGCUUUGCCGCUCCGUGCGUGGCGCUUGAAUCCUGGUCCGGGACGAGAGUGA